CCGGUGCUUGGGCUUGUACGACAGUCAGGCGUUUGCUCCUGCAGUCCACGUUGCAUUCGCUUGUACAGUAAAAUCAGUGUUUCGCCAUGACUUCUCCGUUCCAGAGGCUGUUGCUGUGAACGGCCCCGCACGCGGGCGCAUGAUAUCGCGCUAACAACGCGCUUCUUUCUGCAUGACAACAUCGACUAUACGCACAGUCGCCGCCCACCAUACACAAACUCACGAGACGACCUUCAUUCGAACGCGUAUAACAUAGAUAUCAGAAUUUACGCGUCAACAUUCGCUCGCGACCAUGCCGCGACCAGCGCGCACCAAGAUUCAGUCGAAAGUCACCACGACCACACGCGUCACGAAACCGACCGCGCCCAAGAAAGCUGCGCCAGCAACCACGAAACCUACCACAAAGCAGACCAGAAAAGCGACCGCAGCAUUGCAGAGCUUUAGCGACGACAGCGAUGGACUAGUCACUAAUACAAGAGCUACUCGCGCGAAACGUGGUGCGCCGGCGCAAAGAUCGCCAGAUGUGGUCAACGACGUGGACUUAGAGAUGACUGGCGCGCUUCCUACAGCGUCCGGUUUCCCUGCAACUACAAUAAAGCCUCGCACGCCGGCAUCUAAAGCGACCGCUGGAGCUCGUGCAAUAAAAGGCAGUGCACGCCUGUCCGCAGCCAAGACGUCACCAGCAGUCGCUCAAACCCAGACACGUUCGCCCAGCGAUCUUACAAGCCAUGAAGCACAAGAGGAAGAAGACACCAGCGGUCUCGGGGAUUUCACAUUCUCGUCCCUGAACUCAGAGUCGCCAGCUCACGGUACACGUCCGCCAUCUGCUGUAAAAGUAGGAGCAACCCCUGCGCACGAAACAUCGAUUCUGGCCUUGGCCAACUUCAAGAGGCGAGCCAGACAACCUAGUCUCCUUCGCAUGGUUCAACAGACGACAGAUAUCGAAGACAACGAUGAGUCUGGCCUGAGCAACACAGACAACUUCGACUUUGACGAUUUUCUCCCUCCAGACGAAUCUACACCAGUCAACAAACAGAGAACAACGACUGAAAAGGAAGGGGCGAAUGACAGUGGCGCACAUCUGUCGAGCUCCGGAUCGCGUUGCAGAAAGCGCAAGGUGACUCCAGUCGUCCAAGUACCUCGUUCUUCUCCACCAUUCGACCCACCGUCCGGUGCAGACGUGGAAGAAUCACUGCGAUCUCCUUCUCCAAGCCUCCCAGACGUUCUGCCCUCGCGCGAAGAGGUUGUUGCACAGACGCAAGACGACUCUGAGAUACUCAGUCAGACACUCGCUCCGCCAAAGUCAAGUAGUCCUGUUCGUGAAGCCACGCCACCACAGAUUUCGCCUCAGCAGGCUCGAGCACGCCGAAGAGGAAGGGCUGGCAAGCAGACGAUGUACAACGAAGACUCCGCAGAAGAGACCGAGACAACAGCCAAGCAGAAGCGCAACGCAAAAGCAAGAGCUCAACCAGGCAUAUCCACAGCCCAGCUCAAGGGCCUUCUACCUCGUCGACGAAAUCGUGUCCGCGCACAGGACGAGUACGACCUGACCUCUUCAGAGGACGUAACACAAGUCGACUCUGACCAGGACGAGUUGUCGAUGCCAGCUCGACGGGCUCGGCAACGACCAGGUGCGGGCAAGCUCGCCUCGCCAAAGGCUUCCAAGAAGACGGCACGCGGCAAGAAGACUGCAACGUCCACGAAGGCAGCCAAGCCGGCCAGCAGAACCUACAGCCGUCGAAUCUCUUCGGAUAAGGAGAACGAUGCUGCAGCAGAGGAGGACGAGGAGACGAUAGAGCCUUCGGCUGUUGAGGUCUCGGAUAGGCUGGCUGCCAUUCGCAAGAGGUUCGAAGAGAUCGACGACUUUGAACUCGAGUUUGCAACCGUCGACACAGUGACAAGCUCCAGUCCGUACAGAUGAGACGAGGCUCAUGAUCCGAUAUUCAAACUUUUCGAUUCCUCACGAUUCAGGGCAGUACUUGGGGUUUUGGGUAUGAGCAAGCAUGGUGUUAUUCGCGGAGGCUGUCUCGCGCCUGUCGUGUGUCCAGAGAGGGCAAUAUGUACUUGAAACACAGGCUCCGAUGCUCUCACAGCUACACUGUCACCAAGUUCACCUCUCGUUCCUGAAGCUGUGAUGCAUUGCCCAACCAAGAAGGACCGACGGUGGCCGAAUGGUGCACUACGUCAGUCUAGUCUUAUCUGGCCUUAUCUUGUACCGUAUUGCGUGUACUUCGAAGCACGGCGACAUGCUCCAG